CUAAUUAAAUUCCCUGAAAGUGAUAAAGUGAUAUAUUUUUCGACAAUGAAAAUAUAUGGCCGUACCAUAGAGGCAUGACAUGAUUCGUCCGUAUCAAAUAUUCUUCACAACUUAGAGAUUUUGUUUUCUGUACGUUUUACCGAAUUAGUUUUAUUCUUUAGCUGCAAGAGGCAAAGAGUCAAGAAGGUGUGAACCGAUCAUAGCCGCAAAUAUUGCUAUAAAAGUUUAUUCUCUUAAAAAAGUGUUACAUCGAACCCAUAAUAUCAUAUCUUUACGUACCUUAUAUAUAGUACUUUGUAGACAUUUCUCUUCAUCAAAAACAUAAACUCAAACUCAUUUUCUGUCUUCGCCAAAAGAUAUCACAAUCUCUUUAACGGUUCUCUAGUACCCCAUUUUAAUCCCUUUUCUCGCAUCUUGUAAUCAAAACACAACCUAUUUCAUCCUCCUCGAGUCGCUUUUCAAACACACUUUCAAAUUAUAACAACAAUGGAGAAGCUACAGAAGAUGAUCUCGGAGAAGUCGGUAGUUAUCUUUAGCAAAAACUCUUGCUGCAUGUCGCACACAAUCAAGACUCUCUUCUUAGACAUUGGCGUGAAUCCGACGAUCUAUGAACUAGACGAGAUCAACAGGGGAAAAGAGAUAGAGCAAGCAUUGGCUCAACUUGGCUGCAGCCCCACCGUGCCAGUGGUGUUCAUAGGAGGGCAGCUUGUUGGUGGAGCCAAUCAAGUCAUGAGUCUCCAUCUCAAUCGUUCUCUCAUUCCAAUGCUUAAACGCGCUGGGGCUUUAUGGCUUUGACUAAAUAUAAAGGAAUACUUACUUAUUGACUGUAGCUUGGUAAUAAUAAUGUAAUGAAACCAAUCAAAGAUGACAAACAAAAACACAUAUACAUGUACGUAUGAAUGUUUUGUGUCUAUCUAAGUUUUGAAAGGAUAGAUUAUGUGGGUACCGUUUCCGUAACGUGCUUGGUAUACUUUAUAAUAAUAUCAUUUAGUGGUGUAUUUCUA